AUGGCUAAAAAAGUAGGCAAGACUGCCUCUUCCAGAAAGUGGUCUUAUAAGUCGUUUAGAGACCAUGUCGACUCUAUAAAAAUUGACCCUUUGAAAGAUAUCAAAAGAAAGGCAUUUCAUGAUGCUGAAAUCUCACAUUUUCUAUCGACAUUAGAACAUUGGAGAGAGGUGAACUUAUCCAAGAAUUUCCAAGAGUUAGUCGAAGUUGUAGAGCCUAUCACCAUGAGCUUACCACAAUUAUUGUACCAUAAAGAUACCAUUUUUCAUGCGCUAGACAAAACUCUGAUGUACAAUGAUCCCCUAUCGCUACAGCCAACUUUAGAACUACUCUCUCAAUUUUGUCAUGAUUUAGGACCCGACUUUAUGGAAUAUUAUCCUCGUGCACUUGAGAUUAUCAGAGAAAUUUCGUUAAAUCAACAGGAUCCACAGUCACUAGAAAUGAUCUUCAAUACUCUUGCAUACAUUUUCAAAUAUCUCUCUAAGAUCCUCUCGUCCGACCUGAGACCAACCUUCAAAUCCCUAUUGCCUCUCUUAACAGUCAAAAAUAAAGACUAUGUUACUAGAUUUGCAUCUGAAGCUCUUUCAUUCUUGAUUAGAAAGUCUAAUGUUUCCACGUUGCAAGCGCUUGUGUCGGAUGUCUUCAGCUCCCCAGAGUUGCUUCAUGAUUACUCCCCUUCUUACCAUUUGGCAUUGACCAUUAUGUUUGCAGAAUCUUUGAAGAGUGCUUCUGGUGUCUUACAUUCGAAAUCUGGGAUAAUCUUACCAAUCUUGGCAAAAUGUGCUAUUGAGAAUCCGAAAUCUGCCGCCGUGUUGUCUGAUAUUAUUAUGGAUAUACUGGACUAUACCGAAUCCAAAGAAAACUCAUCGCAGUUAUACGAUAUCUUGAUCAUAGCUCUGAAGGAUAUAUUGGACAAGCACGACAAGUUAAACUUCAAGAUUCUAACAUGUAUUGCCCAAAUAUUGCUUACAUUAUCUUUUGCGGAAUCGGGUAAACGAGUUGCUGAGUGGGGUGAUAUACUCAAAUUUGUGGAAAUAUUGUAUGAUGCAUCUCUAUCAAUGAGACAGCAGGAUGUUGAGAUGGGCGCAGACAGAGAGAAUGAAUUUGUCGAGUAUCAGCUGGAUUUUCAAAACUCAAUGGCUUCCUGGUGUUCAGUAAUUAUAAGAAAUGCAGACAUGUUGUCAUUAAGUAAAUAUCAUGUGAUUAUUCUCAAAGUUAUGACUAAACUAAAUGACGGUGCUGCAUUUCUAUCAUUCAUUGACACUUCAACUGAAAUGAACAAAGCGAGGACCCUGCAAUUGGCCAAAAAUAGCGUCACUUCUUUUAUAACCCAACAUUGGAAGGAUAGUUUCAAAGAAAUUGCCUAUUUUAUAGCAAAAAUGGAUGAUAAAAACUUAAUUGACCCAUCAUCAGGUUUCAAUAUUAUUAUCUCAAAUGACUUCAAAGCUUUCAUUUUGAAAUCUUUUAAGGAAAUCGAUGGCAUCAAGAAUAAAGAUUCUUUAAUAAAUAGCUAUUGGAGACUACUGAUUCUUCAAAAUUGCUCUAUCCAAUUUGAUGCUUCUCUUUUAAUUCAUUUCCUUAGCUUGCUAAACAAUUGUACUGUGGUCACUGACUUCUUUAUUUUAGAUGUUUUCGGCGCUACUAUUGGUGCAUUACAUAAACAAAAACUUACAGAUGAACAAGUUUACCAAGUACUUGAAAUAUGUUUCUCUAAAAUUGAUAUCCUUAUAGACAGUACACUAUUCAUUACAAACCUUGAAAAACUGAUCAAUUCAAUAGCUACCAUAUCCAACCCAAAUUCCUUAAAAUUUAUUGAUUCUGCUAAAGUCUCAAUCAUUUCCUCAUUAUCGACUGUUUUGAAAUCUUCAUCCCACGAAGCCAGAGAAAAAGCUUUGGAUCUGAUAAUAUGCAUUUUUAAUAAGUCUGGGAAGGAAAUUCCAGACGCAGUUUUGAUAUGCCGUACCAUUGAACAGAUUCCACUAACUCUGCAACAUGCUAGAGAUGUGCCAUUACGAUUCAGAAAUCUAGCACAAGAUUAUUCUAAUCAAUCUCCUUUGAUCAACCAGAUAGUCACAAACUUUCUUUUUGGUCAAUUGUCUAACAAAUUCUCCCCAUCCUGGCAAGGUGUUCAAGAGUUCGUCCAAAAGACUGUCAAUCAGAUCUCUGAUUUGGUAUGGAAACUAUCAUAUGAAUUUAUUUCGAUGAAUUAUAAGAAUAUGCAUGAAAACAUAUAUUUAGAUUAUGAGUUUGACAACUUCAAUGAAAAAUCCGAUAUUACCACCUGGCUACCCCAAGAUUCAAGGCUCCAUACUAUGAUGACCAAUUUUGAGGAAAAUAUUUUCCACAAGUAUGAAGAUGCUAAUCAUUCGAUCAUUGAAUUAUCUGAAUCUAAAAGAAAGCAUGGCUUGCCCACUGAUUUUGUUAGGUACCAAGUUAUAAAAUUAUUAAAUAAAAUCCCAUCUGUUGCAGAGGAGAACUUUAAAGACUUGGUUCCAUUUCUAGUUAACGAUGAUGCGGAUGAUGUUGGCAGUGCAGAGACGGGAUCAUUGCUUGAUGGUUGGACCAUGGCUGAUAGGAACGGUUUGGUUGGAUUAUUGGCCCGUUUCAACAACUUGCAAAAGGUUUACUCAUUUGAGAAAAUUGUUGAUUUACUGCUAACUUUGUUAAUGGACAGACAAACUGAAGUUCAGAAACUAGCAUUAGAUUGUCUGCUUAAUACCAAGAAUUCGGUAUACAACAAAUACUCUAAACAUUUGAAAAACUUAUUGGAUGAUACCCUUUUUAGAGAUGAAAUAGUUUUAUUUUUACAGGGUAAAGAAAAAUCCACAAUUGAAUCUAAUGACAUUCCUGAGCUAAUGCCCCUUGUUUUGAGGAUUCUUUUUGGUCGUGCACAAACCCUAAAGACGAAUAGUACCAAAGCUGGUAGAAAGAUCGCUGCAAUUAAAUCCUUGAAUAACUUAAAAGAUGAAUAUAUCACCGAUUUCCUGCGUCUUACCUUCUGGAAGUUUAAGAUCGGUUCAUUUGAAAAAACAGGCACUGUAGGAAAGGAUGGAAUCAACAGAAAAUUAUUAACACACAUCAACGGUUUUAUCAAUAUGAAUCUUGAAGUGUGUGAAACUCUCGGUAAAAAUCACAGUGAGUGCCUAUCAGUCAUUGUCAAGCCCCUGCUUUAUUCUUUGUCUAUUGUUGAAUAUGCAAUUGAAAAUGCACAAGGCUUUGAAGAUCCUUUGAUUGAAAAGUCAGCAAGAAAUGGUAGGAAAAGUGGAUUCAAACUCUUGUAUCACCUAUUCCAAUAUCUGGGAGAUGAUUACAAAUGGACUUCCUAUGGUGAUAUUAUUUACGAAAACUUACUUAAGUCAAAGAUGAAUAAAUUUGGUGUUGAGAACUUAUCCAGCCCUUCCUUCUUAAUGAAGAUCAUGACCCAAUUAUGGUGUGAGCCAACUAAGUUAUUUUUCCUAUAUAAGGAUGAUUACUUGCCAGUGAAAGCUUUAAUGUCUAUUUUGCCUAACCCUAAUGCAAAGGAUCCUGUCCUGGUUUUGAUAUUGCAGUUUAUCUUAGCUUUAAUCAAUAUCCCACACAAAGAUGAUCAACUGAUUGAGCUUCUGACAAUUGUUAUAUCAGAAUGUUUGGAUAGUUUGGUCAAGAUUUUCGAAAAUAGCUCCAGCAGUGAAGUUAAUUCUUUUGCGACCCAAGUUUUGUUGUCGUUUGUUUCUAAUGAGUACGUCACUGAUAAUGAAAAUAGAAAGGUUUUACUUGAUUCCUUGACUAUGGCUCUAGGAAAACCUACUUCUCAGAUUGAAAUGCCUGUGAAGGUUGAUAUUGUAAGAAUGAUAGCUUUGCUUGUUGAAGAUUAUGAAUGUUCUUACAAUGAUAUUUUACCUAUAUAUACAAACAUUUCAAAACUGUACAGUACAUGUCAACAAUCUGAAAUGAGGAAUGUUAUUUCUACAGUCUUCUAUGGAGUUUCUAAUAGAUUCACUGAAUUGGAAAAAGUUUGUCAGCUUGUCAUUGAACUCAAUGCGUAUGAUUCUAAGAGAUUCAGAGAGCCUGAUUAUGACAGAAGAUUGCAAGCAUUCAGCAAAUUAAAUGAAAAGGAUUAUUCUGUAUUGAAUACCACAGAUUGGAUUCCUAUCCUUUACACUUGUAUGUUCUUUUUGAAUGAUGAAAAUGAUCAAUCCUUACGGUCAUCUGCUGGUUAUACCUUUACUCGUUACAUUGAUUCAAUUACUUUGAAAAGUGAAUCGGAAGCUGCUGAAUACAUCAAACAAAUGAAAGAGUUGAUCAUCCCAACAAUUAAAACUGGGUUAAAGAAAAAACACGAAUUAGUGAGAUUUGAAAAUGUUCGUAUACUAAGUCAUAUUGUUAAAAAUGUCAAAUAUUACACUGAAUUUGAAGAUAUGAAGUCAGUUCUGCUUAACUAUGAUGAAGAAGACGAAGAAGCUGACUUUUUCGACGAUAUCAUUCAUUUACAAGUGUUUAGAAGACAGAAAGGCUUAAGACUAAUCAACAAAUUGGCCUCUAAACUAAGCCCAAAUAGUAUAUCCCACUAUAUUUUACCAAUUAUUGAACAUUAUGCUUUUUGGACAGAAGAAAAGUACAGAAAUUUGGCAAACGAAACGGUUGCAUCCAUAAAACAUUUGGCACAAUAUGUUAGUUGGAACCAGUUUAAGGCUAUUUUAGCCAGAUAUGUGAGCAUAAUGAAUACUGCACAAGCUAAACAACAACAUGAAAAAUUAAGAGAUUCUAUAUUACUGAUCGUGUCCAUGUCCGGUGCAAUGAGACAAUGGAAUAUUGAACCAAGCACUAAACCAGCUGAUUAUCCAAAAAUUGAAACAAUCGACAGUUUUAUUACUUUAGAAAUUAUUCCAAAGUUGCAAAAGAUUUUAUCUGUUAGAAACGAAGAUACUGUUGUUAUAAGAGUUCCUAUUUCGGAAGCUAUGAUAUCGUUUAUUGUCUGUUGUUCCCAGAGUAAGAUUAAUUCAGAACUAGCUGGUUUGCUGACUAAUAUUUGCCAAAUCUUAAGAGCCAGAUCUGAAAACUUAAGAGAUUCCGUUAGAAAGCACCUUGGUAGAAUUGCCGUAUUCUUAGGACCACAUUAUUUGAAGUUCAUUAUUAAGGAGUUGAAGAGUGCUUUAACUAGGGGUCCACAAAUCCAUAUUUUAAGUUUCACUAUUCAUCACAUCCUUACUAUCAUGAGCCCAUACCUAGUACAUGGCUCCUUAGGUGAUUCGGUCGAAAUGAUUAUGGCUUCCAUAAUGAAUGAUAUUUUUGGAGAAGCUUCAGAAGAAAAAGAAGCAUCAGGUUAUAGUAAUAAAGCAAAGGAGAUCAAACAUAACAAAAGUUUUGACACGGGAGAACUUAUUUCUGCCAAUAUAUUUUUGAAAGACUUUAAUUAUUUAUUGACUCCCGUCAAGUACCUCCUUAAUGAAAGGCUAUCGUUAAAAUCGCAAACAAAGUUAGAGCAAUUGAUGAAAAGAUUCUCACAUGGUCUAAAUAGAAAUGAAGAAGGUUCCUCGACUGAUAUUUUGGUAUUAUGCAAUGAAAUCUACAUUCAAGCAAAUGAUAUCAUAGAAUCCAGAAAACACAAAAAAGAGACUGAUGUCGAUGAAAAAACUUCUAGAUUUUUGGUUCAACUUGAUGCCAGACCGCAAAAAACACAGAUGGAAUACUCCUUAUACAUUACUACCUUGAAGCAAUUUGCAUUUGACUUGUUGAGAACUGCAAUUUCCAAGCAUGAGAGCCUUUUCAAAGCUGCUUAUCUGGCGCCAUUUGUUCCUCAACUCCAAGAAAGUCUUUCUUCUGAAAGUGAAGGGGUUGUGAUUUCGUCAUUGAAAGUUAUGACGAUGCUUGUAAGAUUGGAAUUCUCUCCAGAUGUUGAUUCCAAAUUCACUGAUGCUGCUAACGACGUUUUGAAAAUCCUGCAAGAUAUGCCUAGCACGAAUAAUGACAUAUGCCAAUUUUGCUUGAAGUUCUUGUCUAAUGUUAUUCGUUUCAAAAAUGAUUUGGAACUAAGAGACACAGCAAUCAGUUAUAUUCUCAAAAAAGUUGAACCUGAUUUGGAUUCUCCUGAGAGACAAGCAACAGCGUUUGGUUUCUUAAAAAGCAUUCUUUUCAAACGUAUAAUGAUUCCAGAAGUUUAUGACUGUAUGGAUGUUGUCUCUAAAUUGAUGGUCACUAGUACCACAUCUGAAAUUAGGCAAGUUGCAAGAAGUGUGUUUUACACCUUUUUAAUGGAGUACGAUCAAAGUAGAGGUCGGUUGGAAAAACAGUUCAAGCUAAUCAUCAACAACUUGAAAUAUCCAGCAUAUGCAGGUAGAUUGUCUGUCAUGGAACUAAUUUUAACUAUCGUUAAAAAGGCUUCAAAAGAACUAUUGGGUAGACUAGCAACCUCCUUUUUUAUUUCCCUGGCAAAUGUUUCAAUUACAGAUGACAAUCCAAGUUGUAGGGAGAGUGCAACAGAAAUUCUAGGCGUUCUUUUUAAAAGGUUACACGAGAGUGAUAUGGAUAUGGAGUUUGUUAAAAAGUAUACGAGUUCAUGGCUGAACCAAAAUAAAAAGCCACUGCUGGUUAGGUGUGGAUUAAACGUGUACAAAGUAAUUCUCAGUACACUGGAUUUUCCUUUCAAUGAAGCCUUGGACAAUCAAGUAGCAGAAAGAAUUAUAAAGACGUUAAAUGCCGCCAAAAGGUCCGAUGAUGAAUCUGAAAGUGAUGACGAAGCAGCUGAUUCUGCUGUUGAAGUUGAGUGGCAGAUGGUGUAUUCAUGCUUAACGGUAUUCGAAACCCUAAGUGGUAAAACUAACACCUUUGGGAAUAAAUAUGAAAAACUAUGGAGCGAUAUUAUCAAUGCUAUGUUAUAUCCACACUCUUGGGUAAGAUUAUCGUCUUCUCGAUUAAUUUUCAAGUUGUUAAAGCAGGUGGUUGAUAAGAAUAACGAGUCAUUCGAAUUCGAAGUUUCGGAUUCUACAAUCCAGACUAUCGCAUAUAGAACUUUCCGUCAAUUGGGGGCACCCGAUAUUUCGGAAAAUCUAGCACUGCAAGCUACUGCUAACUUAGUAUAUAUCUCGAAGAAAUGGGAUAGAGAAGAAACGAAGUUUAUUAACAUCAAAAAAGAGCAAAAGCAAGAAGGUCGAGAUGAAGAUGAAGAUGAGAAUGAAUCCCCAGAUAAACAACGGAAAUUUAAGAGUGCAUUUGAUUGGGCACUAAAUCGUUCUGCAGCUAUAUUGAAAAAUGACUCGAGAGAUUAUAAUGAUAUGUUGGUUACUAAAAGAGCCAUCAUUUCUUAUUGUGAGUUUUUGACUACAUUUUUGAGUGAGGAGAAACUAAAGGAGGCGUUAUCUGAAACUUUGCUGAUCCCGUUACUUCACAUUUCUGAAGCUGAUCUGGUCGACGGUGAAGAUGAUGAAAAGGCUCUGCCUAAUCUAGCAACAGCUUGCCUAGAGAAACUAUCAAAAAAAAUUGGUAUUUCAGACUAUAAUAUUCUUCUCUCAGCAGCAAUGAAAACAAUUCAACAUAGAAGAUAUGAAAGAAAGACUCGAAGGGCACAACUAGCUUUAAAUAAUCCCGAAGUUUAUGCUAAAAGAAAACUAAAAAAGCAUGCACAUGAAAGAGAAAAACGUAGAAACAACAAGGAUGAAAAUGGAUACUACAAAGCUAAAAGAAGAAGAAUGUAA